ACCAAAAAGGCCCCCGUGGAGGUGGACAUCCUGAGCCCAGCCGCCAUGCUGAAUGCCUACUACAUCGCCCACAACGCCGCCGCCUGCCUGGAGUUCCGCGGUUUCCCGUGGUCCGGCUCUCUGAAAAAGAAAGGGAAGGGGAAGAAACGAAAGUAGAAG